AUGGCAAGUGAAAUCAACAAAGAUGAAUUCAGAAACUAUCUCGGCAGAAUCCUGAUUCACGAAGGUUGGGUAAGAGGUGAAAUAACCGUUUCUUUGAAAUUAUCAAUAGAAAUAAUCCAAUCUCAACUGAAAUCACCAAAUUUCAGCUUUUCGGCUACUAGUCAUUUGUUCAUUUUCUUUACAAUCGUGGAGGUCACUACUGUACAGCUUGUAGAAAACGGGUCAGUUGACCAUAACAACUUAGUGUAUCGUAAAGAAGGUGAAGAGCUUUCGCCAUUGGAGACUACUACGAAAGCAGAAGUACCUGUUCUCAGCGAAGAUAUUAAUCAAGGUGGUAUUGUUAUAGCGGAGCGAAGUGAAGACAUCAGAGACGACUACGAUAGUUAUAUUACAAAGGGAGUUGGGUCUGAUUUACACAAAGAAACAGAAUAUCACCAUAUAGAAAUACCAGAAGACGAAGGAGUCCUAGUAUCUGACAACGAGCUUCCAUCUCCUCCACUUUCAGUUUGUCAGGAGCUACAACUAGAGAAUACUGAAGAACAUUUCCCGCCAACGCCUUCACCAAGUCCUAAGGAUCAUAGUGAUAUAGCAUCGCAUAUUGGUGAAGUUGCUUCGGGUGACUUCUUGUCAAACAAUCAAGAAUCUAAAACGGAACAAGUUUCUUCAAAUAAAGAAGAAGAAGAAAUUUUCUCAGAAGAACCAACUUUCCAACGAACACACGAGUGUUUAGACGAAGUAGCUCCGAAUUUAUCCAGUUACACUGCAGACGAAUUUGACAAUCAGUCCGCUGAUUACUUGAAUGCAGAUAUUGGACCAGAGGUUCCUGUAACACAAGCAGACAACUUCACUGGUAUUUCUGAACUGAAAGAAGAAGGUGACACAUUCGAAACUGGAAAUUUAGUCGCCGAGUCGCCGAACAGUGAGAAAGACUUAACUGAAUUGCCUAAUUUGGAAACAGUAUCAGCUGAAUCCCUGAAACUUGAUAAAGAAUUGACAGAAUCUCCUAGUCUUGAAAGAGCAUUUACUGAAUCAGCUAACGUUGAGGAACAAGUGAUUGCACCAUCUUGUCUAGACCAACAAGUGGAACAGUUAUCCAACUUUGAAGGAGAAGUUCACAGACCAGCUGAAUUUCAGGGAGAAGCAGUUUCCUCAUCCAAAUUUGAGGAGGAGAUAAUUGAGUCUGCUGAAUCACCUGACAUUUUCACGUCUCAGUCGCAAAUUGAUACAGUGUGUUUUCAAUCCCCUUUAACUGAAUACCAUCCAGUAGAAAAAGGAGAAGAAACAGAAGAAGAGGCAGAUAAGGAGACAGAACAGUUCGACCAAGCAUUGGUUACUGAACCGUCACACGAGAAAGACGCCGGCUCUUUUUACACACAUUCUGAAGCAUCAUUAACAAAGGAUUCAACUAACGAGUUUCUGGAUAACAGUAAUCGAAAUUCACUAAUAUCGAGUGAGUCUGUACCGUCAAAACAACGCUCCUCUCUGACUAAUUCAAUAGGAGAGUCUGUCAACUGUAUAACUGCUGAUAAUACCAAUAGAAAUUUAAAAGAACUAACGUGUGAUACAUCAAUGGGGACAACAGUUGGUGUAUCAGAUAUAAUGGCAGAUCAAUCGGAAAUCAAGGAAUCGUACACUUCUUAUCCAUAUGAAGUUGAGAAUACACCAUCUCAAAGUUCCUUUGGCCAUUUAGGCGAUACGAAUGAAAUGCCCAGUCAUGGUGAAUACCAGACAAGUCUGGACGAUGGAGAUGACGAAUUGCCAAUUGACAGGAAAGGCACCACUGAACACAAUGUUUACGAUGAUGAAGAUGAUUACGAGGAAGAUGUUGUUCACGAUGAGUCAGAACAAACCAAUAUGAAAACUGAAGAAAGUUACACCACAUUCACAAAUUCCUCUCAGCCAAAACAAGAGCCACACGCAGAUACUGCUGCACUUAAACAAAAAGAAAUAUCAAAUCAAUCGAUAGUAAAUACUGUUGGAGGGGACAACGGUCAGGACUUCGAUGGAAGCUCGAAAAUGACUUUCAAUCAAAUUAGAGAGGAUUUAGAGAAAAAGAAUGUGGUCGGUUCCCUGCAACCCUUACACCCUGAACAGUAUAUAAUGCAUCAUCAAGCUGGUGUACUUCGACAACAACAACAAGAGAUGGUAGUUUUGAAUCCACAAACUGGAGAAGUAUUAAAUGAUCGGUAUUCUGCAGCAACUACUGCUAUUACAACUGCUCCUACUAAUACAUCACAUCAUUUCGCUAGAAAUCUAACGUCAAACGAUACUGUAGUUACAACUGGUGGAAAUGUCAACGGUCCAUCAAGCGGGCAUGUAACAACAGGACAACAGAAGAGUUCCGUCUAUCGUAAAACUGAACAGAAUUCUGUAGAUGGGACAAAUGGCGGAGCAGGAGGUAUGAGCGCGAACAGCAAUGGAGGCAGUGCCGGUGGUAGAGGUGGAGCCUCAGCUGGUGGUUUGGAUCGUUGUAGGCAGGCGUACAAUAUGUUUGAAUGUCAGAUGGCUCAACUUACAGUGUUUCUGGAUCGUGCAUUGAUAUGCAGGCGAAUAAGGCCACGUUUCAAUGCUUCGGAAAUUACUGAAGUCCUUUUCGAGCACUUGUCACCAGCAAUUGAUAAAGAUUCAAUUCGUGUGGAAAUUCGAGGAGCUGCUACAAUUCUUGAUGUGAGCUUUUCAGCUAAAUCACUGUCAGGAGAGGAAGACACCUGGUCACAGGUUAUAAAUGAAUUAUUGAUCGAGCUAAGACAGUGUCGUCGUCGAGCGGACAAUCUAGUCAACCGAAUCAUCCGAACGGAAAAACAACGCUGUGUCCUUGAGACAUUUGCAGACAGUCUAUCACGUCGUGAGGAUGAAAUACUGUUCAGCGGAAAUCAUCAUGGUCCUGCUGCGUCAACAGGUGCACAGAAUCAUACAGCUGCGACAGACCAGUUGAAUAAUAUUCCAUCACAAACAGCACAAAGUGGACAGCUGACAACUUUGAGUGCAGAACACAAAAGUACAACCGAUAUCACUAAUCCAUAUGAUCCAAGAAAUGUGGAGACGUUGCACAGAUUUUUGGAGAUAUACAAAGAUGAAGCUGAACGCUUUGAUACAGUUCUAAUGGAUACUAACGAAGAGCUGGAACAAGUGCGUACACGGAUUGAAACACUGGAAAAAGAAAUUCACGACAUAGAACUAAAACAGGAUGAACAUUUAGCCAGAGAACUAAGUGUACUUGUUGAACCAAGGGAAACUGGUCAAGUAGAGAUGCUUGUAUCGUAUGUGGUUGGUCGAUGUGGAUGGAAGCCAGCCUAUGAUAUUCGUAUUUUCAAUAAUGAUGGAACAAUGAAAAUUGUAUACUACGGCAUGGUUCAACAAGCUACCGGUGAAGAUUGGGAGACACGUUAUAUGACUUUGUCUACUGCACAGCCUGGUAUAGGCGGUACAGUUCCACAUUUAGGUGUUCAACGAGUACAUUUUCGUAGGGAUCAUUCUCCAGCGAUUCCUAUACCACGAAAUGCCAUAUCAGCCAGUGGGAUAACAGGAGCAGCAUCAUCGACACACACGGGCCCAGGUGCUUCAAUUUCUGGCGGUACUUCAGCAACAGGGAAACAUUCUCGGUCGUGCACUAAACUAGGUGCUUUUCGACGAUCUAACCGACCAACUGGAACAAGUUUAAAUGAAACAGACCGUGGAUCUGUUGAAAAUGAGGGAUAUAUUAGACAGAAGACCCUUCAGUAGUACAGUUUCUAUGCAUGUUGGUACUCAUUCACAAGACGUGCACACUUGACCUGCCACCAUUAGGCAUGGACGACGAAGGGAGUAACAGUCAGUUGUUAAGAUCACAGUAUUUUUAUAGGAAGACUGGACAUUGCAUUGGUGUUGGUUCGAAUUUUAUUGAUGGGCGGUGUGUGUGUGUGUGUGGAGGGAUUGAAAAGGUAUUUUUAAUGUUAGUCAAAAUCUUAUCUGUCAGUUGAACAUAUCUUCAGUCUAUGUGGCAGUGAAGCCUUUGUUGUACAUACCAAUAGGACUGUUUUAUGCCUAAACGGAAACCAGUGAACAAACGUGUACCGUAAAAGUGUUUUAGUACUAAUGAAGACACUAAUACAUUUGUACAAGAACUUAUGGAGAGUUCUAAUCUGAAGUGAGAACAAUGAGUGUCCAAUGGGGGUGUCCAUCAACACUGUCCACAGUCAC